GUUAGGAUAUGUUUCCCCCCCUCUGCCUUUCUCUUCCUUUUUCCUCUGGUUGUGGUCAGUUUCUGAGUCCGCUCACUCCUGGAGCUGGUUUCAAAUUUGUUCCGCUCUGGGACAAAGCGAGGGAGAGGAGCCCGACUCGAGCCCAGUCUGUUCUUCAGAGCUCUUGCCCUGAAAUUGUUUCCCAGCCAACAGCAUUCGUUUUCUGGACUGUGGGGCCCAGAACUGAACAGCAGACUCCAGAUACACUCAAGAACUGCCGGUUAACUUUGGCCCUCCUGGAGCAAGACCCUUGUAUACUGAGAGCUGAACGAUGUCUCACCCAUCAUGGCUGCCCCCAAAGAACUCCAGCGAGCCCGUUGGUCAUGUGACGGCGAGGAUGGAGAUGACGCAUUCUUUUGGGACCCCCAGCAUCUCCAUAUCCACUCAGCAGACGCCAAAGAAGUUUGCCCCAGUUGUAGCUCCCAAACCAAAGUACAAUCCGUACAGACCGGCUGAAGGGGAAGGUGACUUUCUGCCACCGCCACCACCUUCUGCAGAAGAUCCUGGGAAUCCGCCACCGCCCCCCAGUGCUUUUCUGCCCCCUCCGCCUCCUCCAGACGAGUCCUCUUUCAACAUUCAGUCCAACCCCGGCGGGAAGACACUGGAAGAGAGGCGCUCCAGUUUGGAUGCAGAAAUUGACUCUUUGACCAGCAUCCUGGCCGACUUGGAGAACAGCUCCCCUUACAAGCCACGGACUCAACAGUGUGGAACUGUGAGUGAAGGACAAGCAACUAGCCCAAGGCAAUCUAGUGAAUUGGUGAAUGAGAUGGUCGCCCAUCUCUUGUCCAGUUUAUAUACAAUGUGGGCUGUGAGUAAAAGCCCAUACCUGUAUAAGUGUUAAAUGUACCCCCUGCCCCAUUUCAAUUUGCUUACCACCUUG